AUGGAUCCUAAUGAUUUGGAGGCUCUGACACCAAACCACCUGCUGCUGUUGAAGACGUUACCAUCUUUAUCACCAGGAGUCUUCCAAGAGGUGGACAUCUAUGCUCGGAGGCAAUGGAAGCAGUUUAAACUGACCGACAACUCUGCUAUCUACUUCAAAAAAGAGCCCACUGGUCUUCCCUUUAGACAUGACUUCUGCACCUUCAAGCCACUACCUCCUGCAGAUGCUCGAGAAGAACGACUCUUAAUAGACUCCACUGCUUGGCCUGAAACUCCAAUUUUGCCAGUUCCUCUGUCGUUGGAACAGACGAGUGAUCCUGCCCACAGCACCUUCACCAUUCUCCCAGGGAGGGGAGGAGGAGAGAGGCAUGUUGGAGAUCAACUAGAGGUGUUGAUAAAUAUUUUUGACUUCCAAGGCCAUGCUAAGAAGUCUGGAGGAGAUCUCUUGGUUGCCCGGUUGCACAGCAAGGAACUCACUGCGGGUGUGGCUGGACGAGUGGUGGAUCAUCUUAAUGGCUCCUACUCUGCUGUGUUCCCUUUACUCUGGGAAGGAAGUGCAAAGGUUGAGGUGAUACUUGUUCAUUCAACCGAGGCUGUCACAGUUCUGAGAAGACUCAACAGUGAACAACCUGACAGGGUUAUCUUCGAGGGAAUCUUCCGCUCAGGCUCGAUCUCUGAAAGAGCCACCUGUAAUAUUUGCUUACGUGAAACAAGCCAGCCACAGUGCAACUACACUGACCUCCGCACCGGUGAGCCUUGGUUCUGCUACAAGCCAAAGAGUCUGAACUGUGAUGCCCGGAUUAGCCACGUAAAAACAGGAUACAAGAAAGUACUUGCGGCCAAAGAGGAGAAGCUCUUCCAAAGGAAUGUCAACUUUGUAGUCCCCAUGCAGGCCUCAGGAUCGGCUAAUGUCACUGUGUUUCCACAAAGAAAAGGGCAAACCAGGAUCAAUGAAGACACGGGGAAGUCUGAACACUCUGGGUAUUACUACCAGGGUGUGUGGAGAGCUCUAGAUGGCACCAGAGUUCAACAGUUCAACAACUCCACUGACAUUAGUCAGUGUCUGAAAGGAAAGAUAAUCCACAUGUAUGGAGACUCCACCAUGAGACAGUGGUUUGAGUACUUCAAGGCUUCCCUAUCAGAUGCUAAGGAGGUAAACCUGAACAGUCCAAAUCAAGCAGGACCUUUCAUGAUGUGGGACAAUGCAAACAAGUUCUUGGUGACGUACCGCAUCCAUGGUCUUCCUCUUCGUAUUAGUAUAAUUCCAGUCAGUAAGGAGAGUUAUGUUGCCAAUGAACUGGAUGGGUUAGUUGGUGGUAAAAAUACUGUUGUAGUUCUGGGCAUCUGGGCCCACUUCAGCACGUUCCCAAUUGAGUUCUACAUCAGACGCCUGCAGAGCAUCCGCAGGGCGGUGGUCCGUCUGUUGGAAAGGGCUCCAGGCACGCUGGUGGUUAUCAGGACUGCAAACCUCCAAAGUGUACAGCUUUCUGGGGUGAUAAGUAACAGUGACUGGUUCUCAGUUCAGGUGGACAAGGUGCUCAGAGCUAUGUUCAAAGGACUCAAUGUUCGACUGAUAGAUGCCUGGGAGAUGGUUCUGGCCCACGACCUGCCACACAACCUCCACCCACAACCUCCCAUCGUCAAGAAUAUGAUUAAUGUUCUCUUAUCCUACAUAUGCCCCAAAAAGUAAAGCUAGCCCUGCAGUUCAAGGAAGGGAUACGGGGAAUUUAACAAUAAAGGGAAAAUGCUGCUCUUUGUAGUAAAACAGAAAGAAUGUAUAAAUUAAUUUAUCGUAUGUUUGUGUUUCUAUCAAGUGGUUAAUUUUUCCUUUAGCAGACUAUGCACAGCCUAAGCAAUAGAAUAAUCUGUAUCUCUUUUUAGUUGGGAUGCACCGGAAAUUUUCGGCCGACAAUGGCCCAAAAGUGCAUUUUUGUUUUUUCGGCCGAAACACUUUUAUCACCGAAACAACACGGCUGAAACAGAAUGUUGUGAUGACGCACUGCUUACUAGGCCAACUAUGUGUAUGUGUGAUAUAAGUGAAGUGGCAGGUAAACAUAGGAGCGUAGCAGAGUGAUGUGUGACAGACAACAACGUUGAUUAGACCCCCUCCUCUCUGUGUUACCUUCUGUCACAGAGCAGAGCCAAUUAUCAGCUGUACCAGCUGCAGCUCGCAAUGCAGGGAUUUUCAUCUGUUACCACGGCUCUACCUGCUUCAAAGUGUGUUAAAAGUCUGCUUUCUAAAGUCCAAAAUGUUUUGGAUCGAUGACUGUCGCUGUGACUUGAAGCUAAAUGAACAACUGUAUUUUAACUCCUGACGGCCGCCGCUAUCAAACUUAAACUACUUUGAAGAUAAACAUCACCCUGAAGAACCCUUCACAAUAAAAUUCACCUUAUGUCACAUAGUCCAAAAAACUUUAUUUUGAUAAUAAAGUACCUGAUAAUGUCUAAAUUAUAUUAACAGGGGAGGAGGAGAUAAAUGAUAUUCAGAUAAUACAGAUUUAGUAAGAAGCUACAAAGUCCCGAGUUCUUAACAGACAGAGGAUUAUUAAAACUUCUUUCUGUGGUCUCAGGCUCAGACAUGAGGGGUCACAGUGAGUUAACAUUUUCAUGUGAUCUCUUUUCAUUUUGUAAUGCCGCAAAAUAUAAUUACCUAAAGAAUAAACUAUAAAAAGGAAAAUUAUGAAUGAAUCACAAACAAAUGAAAAA